AUGCACACCGGUCGUGUCUCGUGGGAUCAGGUUAUCUUUAGCUUGCACAUUGCUGACAAUAUUUUAACUUAUGUUAGCAGGGUUGAACUUGAUAUGUUAUUACUAUAUGUAACUGAGACAAUUGAAGAAGUUGUAAAGCUCUUGGGAAAAAUUAAUGCUAAUACAACUGAGGGAUGCAGUCCAAUUUGUGUUGAGGAGCACUUAACAGCUCUAAAUUUUAGGUGCAUUGAACGAAUUUAUGGUCAACAUGGGCUUGAUGUAACGAAUUUGCUAAAGAAGAAUGCAUCUUUAGUUUUGCCGGUCAUUUUAACCCGCUUGAAGCAGAAACAGGAUGAGUUGGCAAGGUGUCGUGCUGAUUUUAAUAUAGUCUGGGCUGAAAUAUAUGCAAAGAACUAUCACAAAUCACUUGAUCACCGUAGUGACUACCUUAAGCAGCAGGAUACAAAAAGCUUGAGCACUACAGACUUAUUGGAAGAAAUCAAAGAAAUCAGUGAGAAGAAACAAAAAGAAAAUGAUUUUCUUGCAAUUUCUGCUGUAAACAGACAGCCUAUUAUUCCUCUCAUGGAAUCUGGGUAUCCUGAUCUGGAGAUUCAUGAAGAUGGACCUAAUGAUACAGAAGGUGUUGUCAAGGCUAAGAAUAAUUCUGCCAAAAGUGGUAUUGCAAUUGCCAAGGGUCAUGUUAGUCUUGGUGUUGGAUCUAACAAAAUGAAUCCCAAGAGUUUGAACUCUAAUAGAAAUGGGAAUGAGAGUGUUCAGCUAGAAGAAUCUAAUUCCUGCAAAGAACGGAAAACAAAUGAGGAUAAUAUGGUUGAGGAGGAUAAUUAUCUUUAUUUAGAGUGCUCUACACUUAAGCCUGAAACCUUACGCCGUAGUACACAGCAGGGUAAAGUGAAUAUAAAUGCAUCCAUUCCUAAUGAAGUCUCAAGAGGCAAUAAGCAAGAUCAUUCCAUUGAACAGUUAGUGAUUGCUAAUGCCUCACUGUCCUCUGGUAUGGAUAAGGAAUGGUUAUGGAGUCUCUUUUAA